AUGCAUGCAGUGGCAUGGGACGGGUUAUCAGCACCAUCAAAUCAUCAGCCCGUCUCGAGUACUUCUGCGGCUGUAGCAAGAGUUGCACCAUCUACUGGUAUACCUGACGCGGACGGAAAGGAGUUCGAUGUCGUCUAUUGUGAUGGCGCAUGUAAAGGAAAUGGAGCGACCGGCUCCAAAGCCGGUAUAGGGGUGUGGUGGGGCCACAACGACCCCAGGUAUGUCACUGACGUCAAUCUAAAUUUGUCGGAACGGUGCCCAGGAGAUCAGACGAACAACAGGGCUGAGCUCAUAGCCAUCGUGCGCAUUCUGGAAACGACGCCGCCGCUGAAGCGCAAACUCCUGAUCAAAACUGAUUCGCAAUACUCCAUCAGAUGCGUAACAUCCUGGAUUUUCAAAUGGAUGACCAACGGAUUCCGCACCUCAGACGGACAACCGGUGAAAAACCGUCCUGUACUCAAGUACCUCGCGGCAUUGCUUCACGCGCGGCACAUAACUUCCCAGACCGUCGAGUUCAAGCACGUCCGAGGACAUGUCGGACUUGAGGGCAACGAGGCCGCUGACCGACUCGCCAAUAUUGGCGUAUUACAGCCUCCCCUCCCGGAGCGUGAUUGGGAACAGCUAGAACAGAAUGUGUCGAAAAACAUAAGACAGGAGGAAAAGCAACAGGACGAGGACCUUCAGGUACUACGAUAG